AUGGCGGACGCAUUAUCCAUCGAGCAGAAUAAUAAAAUUCGAGUUGCUCUCGGCCUAAAACCUCUCCCUGUCCCUGGCUCCUCGGCGGCAGACGAAGGCCCUGUUUUCAAGCAGUCAAAAGACGGUGAUGAGUCGAGCUCGGCCGAAGAUGAACCUGGAAGUACCCUGGAAUCUCGAAUUGCGCAAGGAUAUGAGAACUGGAAAACUCUACAGGAUGAGGAGGAAGCAAAGAAGAAGCGUCAAGCUAGAAAUGACAACAUUAGGCGGGCGCGCGAGGCUGCGCAGAGGAUAGCAAAAUUGGAAGGUAAAGGUCUGGGCGAGGUCAACGAUGAUUUGGAUACGAAAUCGUGGCUGAUGCAGCAUAAGAAGAAGCAAAAGAAGAUUGAGAAGGAGCGGGCACGGAAGCUAGCAGAAGAACUUGCCGAGCGAGAGCAGAUGGCGGAAUAUACGUCGAAGGACCUGGCUGGCGUACAAGUGGCACAUGAAAUCUCCCAGUUUGACGAAGCGGGGGACCAUAUUCUUACGCUGAAGGACACGACGAUUGAUGAGAACGAGGAGGAGGGCGAUCAGUUAGAAGAUGUGACCAUGAGGGAGGCGGAGAAGACGGAGGAAAGGCUUGAAUUGAAAAAGAAAAGGGCUGCUUACGACCCUACUAAUUACGAUGCCUCCGGCUCGAUCUUAGCCCAGUAUGACGAAGAGAUUGACGGCAAAAAACGGAGGCACUUUACCCUGGAUGCCAAAGAUAUCAGUCCGGAAGAACGAGAAGCAAAGCGGCAGGAUGUCUCGUCGAAGCUAAAAGUUAGUACCGUCAGUCUCGAUGUCGUGCAAGAGGCCACACCUUCCGAUUACCUUGAUAUUUCUGAGAUCAAAGUGAAGAAGCCUAAGAAGAAGAAAGCGAGAAGUACUAGAAAAAGGGCCAUUGAUGAGGAUGAUAUAUUUCCCCUGCCUGACACUACUGAGACUCCCACAGGCAAUCAAUCUAACGGGGACCAAAUGGAAGUUGAUGGCACGGAUGCGAAUAAUAGCUCAGUCUCUGCCCUUCGAAAACGGCCCCAUGAUGAUUCUUCAUUUGUCGACGAUGAGGAUCUACAGGUGUCGCUAGCAGCACAGAGAAGGGCUGCAUUCAAAAAGCGUAAAAGGAUGCGACCGGAAGAUAUAGCCAGACAGCUAAGAGAAGAGUCGGAGGAGGCUGCCAAUGGCAUGGACGUGGAUCAAAAUGAAGAUGAGCAGCCUGGGUUGGUCAUUGACGAAACUUCCGAGUUCGUUGCGACCUUGCAGCGGCCAACCAUCCCUGAACGCCGCCUGAGAUCCGUAAGCGCAGUAGCGGAGGAACAGGACGGUGUCAAGUCGCCAACUCCGGACGUGAAAGAAGAAGUGGCAGACGUAGAUAUGGACCGGGCAUAUAACGAUAUUGAGGAUGAAGAAGAAUUGAAGGAACGAAUUACGCGGGAACAAUCACAGGCCGAUAUUACUGCGACAGGGCUGGAGGAGGAAAACACCCUGGAUCAAGGUCUUGGAGCCACACUUGCAAUGUUGAGGCAGCGUGGCCUCGUCAAAGAAUCGAAUGGUGGCGAGCUCAACUCCCUGCAGCGAGACCGCCAGAAAUUCUUGAUAGAAAAACGACGACGGGAAACCGAGGCCGAGAGACGCGCACGGUCUCAGCGCGAACGAGACCGCGCCUCUGGCAAACUCGACCGUAUGUCUGCGCGAGACCGGGAGGAGUAUGCCCGGUGGGAGAACAAGCAACGUGAUCAGCAGGAAUCUCGCACAAUGGCGGAUAUUUUCAACCGCGAAUACAAGCCAGAUGUGCAAUUGAAGUAUGUGGAUGAACAUGGCCGUCUGAUGAAUCAGAAGGAAGCAUUCAAGCAUCUCAGUCACCAGUUCCACGGCAAGGGCAGCGGAAAGAUGAAGACGGAGAAGCAUUUGAGAAAGAUCGAGGACGAGAAGAAACGGGAGGCCAUGAGCACGCUGGAUAGCAGCCAGCAUACGGGAAUGAAUAACGCCAUGGGAGCGACGGCGCGGCGCACAAGGCAGGCCGGCGUCAGACUUGCUUGA